ACUAUAGAGACAAAAGUGAGUAAAUACUCUUUAAUAGCUUUUUAUUAGUCACCAGUUUCCUUUUACUUCAUAGUUCUAAAAAAAAAGAUUAUUUUGCAUGGCAAUACACAGUUCUCUGGAGUUAUAAAGUAGUUUUUAAACAGUAAUUUUACUAAUAAACAACUUUUUAUACGGUACUAGAAUUGUAAUGUUGCACAAUGGAAUUAAAAAAAUCAACGGCGAUUAAGUUAUCAUUGGCAGUGUAUAUUGCUCUGACUCUGGUAUUUCUUAUAGUUGGAAUAAUUGAGAUCAGCAGAACAAAGCAUGGAAUAAAAACAAAUACUAAGAGAUAUCUAAUAAAUUAUACAGAUUGUAAAAACAAUUUAGAUGAUGAACAAACAUGCGCACAACAUCUUAACAAGAAUAUCAACGGAGACUGCAAAUGUGACAUUAAUUUCAAAUUGAACGAAGACUAUAAAGGAAAUGUUACUCUUUAUUAUGAAUUAGACGGAUAUAAAGAGACGUUUGGACCAUUAUUUAAUUCCAGUGACUCAUCACAAUGGUCAGGAAUGUUAGUAAUACCACCGUCAGAUAUGUGUCAGCCGUACCAAUACGCAAACACUUCAGAGGGUUUGAAGCCAAUUGUACCAUGUGGAGCAUUAGCUGAUGCUAUGUUUAAUGAUACAUUUCGUCUGUUUAAUACAAAAAUGCAAAUACAAAUGGAUGAAAUUGAUCUCAUUUGUGAUGCUGAAAGAGAUAAAUACAAAAAUCCUGUUAAUAUCGAUGCAGUAAAUAAUUUUACAAAACCAGUAAACUGGCAGAAAAGUAUUUGGGACAUCGGUCAAGGAAAUUCAACAGGUUUUUUGAGUGAUAAGUUCAUUAUUUGGAUGGAUACAAAUGUACAUCCAAAGCCAGUAGCUAAGGUACGAAAGAUCGCAAACUUUGAGAAUGGUUUGCCCAAAGAUGAUUAUCAUUUCAAAGUUUUUUACAACUACCCUCCAUCCAGGUACAACGGCACUAGAACAUUGAUACUAGAAUCUGUAGAAUUUGUGCCUUACGAGAGACCUAAGACUUCAGGCCCGGUUCUCCUGAGUUUAGGAAUGAUUCUGAUAAUUUUAGGGAUUAUUGCCUACGUGGGCAAGAAAGGACAUUUCUUUGAUAUAAGUAACAUAACCAAUGGAUUACCAUUUUUGAGAAGAAAAACGAAUGAAAACGAACCAAAAGAGAAUCCUCCAGAAGAAGCGAAACCUUUGGACAGAGAACGAACAAAUAGAAACAUAUAAAAAUAAUCAAACUCCACUACAUUUUACAGUAAAUAUUCGCCAAAAUAGCGAAAUUACUGCCCAUAGAUAUCUGCAGUAAUAUUCGACAGAAGUUGGGACAUAUAUAAAGUUUCCCCUUCAAAUAUCUUCUAAAUUUAACAGCUUUAACAUCUUCGCAGGAAUAGUCCCGGCUGCCCCGGUGAAAUACCACGACCAUACAGAAG